CGGAGGGAUUGAGGAGCGACGAGAAGGAGGCGGUGGAGGAGAAAGAGGCGGUGACGGCGACAACGACGAGCGUUAAACGGGGGCCGGCGCGCACCAGGAGCGCGCGGAGCGCCUCAGCGUCCCCUCCCCCCUCGGGCUCCCUCAGCGGCCCUGGCCCGCAGCCCCGCUAGGAGGGCUGCUGUAAUAUAGAUCAUGAGCAGGUAAUGCACAAGGAGUGCUAUUGGGAAUCAUGUCGGACGAGUCAGCCUCAGGGAGUGAUCCAGAUGUGGACCCCGAUUUGGAGCAGGAGGAUCUGGAAGAGGAAGAGGAGGAAGAAGAUGAUGAAGAAGCAAUGGAGGAGGACAAUGAUGGAGAUGAUGAAGAGGAUUUACUUGAUGAGAAUGAUCAAUCCCGUGAAGCACCUUUUGAAAGUGAUCUUGUUCAACAUGGGGAGGAUGGAGAAUGGCAGCACUCUACUUCAACUACCUCAUCUCAGAGUGAACAGGCAGAGAAACUGUUGCAGAAUCAGCACCAGAGCCUGGCCUCUGAGGACACCAAAAAGAAGAGGGCUCAGAAACCUUCUCACAUGAGGAGGAACAUAAGAAAACUGCUGCGGGAAGACCAGUUGGAGGCUGUGACAAAAGCAGCACAACAGGAGGAACUGGAAAGAAGAAAACGGCUGGAGCAGCAAAGGAAGGAUUACCAAGCCAGCAUCCCCACUGUACCUUUAGAGUUUCUCCCAGAGGAAAUUGCUUUAAGAACUGCAGAAGUUGCUCAGCUUCCCCCCCAAGUGUUAAAUGAAGAGGUCAUCUGCUUAGACAGCACCAGCAGUGGUAGUGAGGACGACUCCAAAGGAAGACUCCACAGCAUUAAAGAUGAAGUGAUAGAAUUAAGUUCAGGAGACGAUGAAGCCCUCCAUAUUGUAGACAGCAGUGAUUCUGGCAACGAAGGCGAUGAUGAUAAUACUGAAGAGAGCAGUGGUGCCCAUGUGAAUGAUGCUCUAAAUCAGUUAGAUGCUUCAGGACAAGUAAUUAUUAACAUCAACCAUCCACCAAAUGAGGAAGACCUAUAUCUGGCUCCUCAACUUGCACGAGCAGUAAAGCCUCACCAGAUUGGUGGUAUUCGUUUCCUGUAUGAUAAUUUGGUGGAAUCCCUGGAAAGAUUUAAAACCAGCAGUGGGUUUGGCUGCAUCUUAGCUCAUAGCAUGGGGCUGGGCAAGACUCUGCAAGUCAUCUCCUUUUUGGAAGUACUUUUCCGUCAUAUUGAAGCAAAGACUGUCCUGGCAAUUGUACCUGUAAAUACUCUUCAGAACUGGUUAGCAGAGUUCAACAUGUGGCUUCCAGCACCAGAAGCUCUUCCUGCUGACUAUGACCCAAAAGAGAUUCAGCCUCGCACUUUUAAAGUCCACAUUUUGAAUGAUGAACACAAGACCACUGCAGCACGUGCCAAAGUGGUAACUGAGUGGGUGACAGAUGGUGGUGUACUGUUGAUGGGCUAUGAGAUGUACCGCCUACUUUCAUUGAAGAAAUCCUUUGCUACGGGCAGAAAGAAGAAAAGCAAAAAGCAAACUGGCCCUGUCAUUAUUGAUGUGGAUGAAGAAGAUCGUCAGCAGGAGCUCUUAAAAGGAAUUGAGAAAGCUUUAUCCCGGCCUGGACCGGAUGUGGUCAUUUGUGAUGAGGGACACCGGAUAAAGAAUUGUCAUGCAAGCACCUCUCAGGCUUUGAAAAACAUCAGAUCUCGGCGAAGGGUAGUUCUGACUGGCUAUCCUCUGCAGAACAAUCUAAUUGAAUAUUGGUGUAUGGUAGACUUUGUACGUCCCGACUUUCUUGGUACCCGGCAGGAAUUCAGUAAUAUGUUUGAGCGCCCUAUCCUGAACGGACAGUGUAUUGACAGCACCCCCCAAGAUGUUCGUCUAAUGAGGUAUCGCAGUCAUGUCCUCCACAGCUUGUUGGAAGGCUUUGUACAAAGACGAGGGCACAAUGUGCUGAAAGUUCAGCUUCCCUAUAAGGAAGAACACGUUAUCUUAGUGCGCUUGUCAAAAAUCCAGCGGGCUCUUUAUACUGAGUUCAUGAAUAGGUUUCGUGAUGCAGGCAAUAGCGGCUGGCUGGGACUGAACCCACUUAAAGCUUUCUGUGUUUGUUGUAAGAUAUGGAAUCACCCUGAUGUUCUAUAUGAAGCAUUGCAAAAAGAAAAUUUGGCAAACGAGCAAGAUCUGGAUGUAGAUGACCUUGGCACAGCUGGUACCAAUUCACGCUGCCAGUCACAGGGCAUAAAAAUGAAAACAGAGAGCAAUGCUCUGCCAUCUACAAUUGGGGAGGCUACCAAUAGCAAGUAUAUUCAGGGCAUUGGCUUCAGUCCAUUUCAGGAAAGAGCCAAUCAGGUUGUAACGUAUGAAUGGGCUAAAGAUAUCCUUUGUGAUUAUCAGACAGGAGUCUUACAAAAUUCACCUAAGAUGGUGCUGUUGUUUCAUUUAGUAGAAGAAAGUGUGAAACUUGGAGAUAAACUACUGGUGUUCAGCCAAAGCCUUUCCACAUUGUGUGUCAUUGAAGAUUUCUUGGCAAAAAGACCAGUGCCUUCUCCCCCAGGCUUGGAUGCACAAGGAACCCAUAAUUGGAUCCGAAAUGUGAAUUAUUAUAGACUGGAUGGAAGUACCUCUGCCUCAGAGAGAGAACGAUUGAUUAACCAAUUCAAUGAUCCUAGCAACACUUCUGUUUGUCUCUUCCUUCUCUCAACAAGAGCUGGGUGUUUAGGUGUGAACCUUAUUGGUGCAAACAGAGUGAUAGUAUUUGAUGCUUCUUGGAAUCCGUGCCAUGAUGCACAGGCAGUAUGUCGGGUAUAUCGCUAUGGACAGAAGAAGCCUUGCCACAUCUACCGGCUAGUUUCUGAUUACACUUUGGAAAAGAAAAUUUAUGACCGUCAGAUCUCCAAGCAAGGGAUGUCAGAUCGUGUUGUGGAUGAUUUGAAUCCAGUGUUGAACUUUACCAGGAGGGAGGUGGAAAACUUGCUGCACUUUGUGGAAGAGGAAUCUGAGCCUCCCCAGCUUCCAUUUAGCCCCAAUAAGAUCAAGGAAUCUGUUUUACAGCUGGCCUGUCUCAAGUACCCUCACCUCAUCACCAAGGAGCCUUUCCAGCACGAGUCCCUGCUAAUCGAUCGUAAAGAGCACAAGCUCACCAAGGCAGAGAAAAAAGCUGCAAAAAAGAGCUAUGAGGAAGAAAAGCGUGCAUCUGUCCCUUAUACCCGUCCUUCCUAUGCUCAGUAUUACCCAGCCACUGACCAGAAUCUGGCAAAUAUUCCUGCCUUCAAUCAAAGGAACUGGCGGCCAAGCCUGAAAGGUGAGGACCGGCCAGUGGCAAGCGUACGUCCUGUUCAGUCCACCCCUAUUCCAAUGAUGCCUCGUCAUGUCCCCUUAGGCAGUAUGGGAGCAGCUUCAGUUUCCAAUCCUGCUAUUAACUUCCCCAUCAAUUACCUGCAACGAGCUGGUGUCCUCGUGCAGAAGAUUGUCACCACAACAGAUAUAGUGAUUCCAGGUACGAAUACUUCCACAGAUGUGCAGGCAAGAAUCAGCGCUGGUGAAAGCAUACAUAUUAUCCGUGGGACUAAAGGAACGUACAUCCGGACUAGUGAUGGGCGGAUCUUUGCUAUCCGAACUACUGGCAAGCCGAAGGGCAGUGAAGAUCAUCGCAUGGUUGCUUCAGGAUCCCAGGGUCCAUCUGUUGAAUCCACAAGCAAUGGCAGACACAAUGCCUCAUCACCCAAACCUCCCAACCCCGAGGAGCUCACUCGGCCUAUUUCGCCAGACAGCCCUGAAAUCAUCAGCGAACUGCAGCAAUAUGCAGAGGCGGCAGCUGCCCGUGAGUCCAAACACAAUUCUCCUACCACCAAUACGACACCUGGAUACCCCACUCGGAAAGACAAUGCAGCCCACGCGACAGCUCGCGGCGGAACUGAGCAGCGAGUAGGGACCCAUGGUUUGGCUUCUUCCUCAGCCUUGCCAGCCACUAGUCAACAUGUUGACGGCCACUCAGUGCUGGACUUACGAGGGAAUAAGCGUAAGUCAAGUUCACCAUCUGGUCCAGAUGAGCAAGCCCAUCGCCAGCAGAAGAAACGCUCCCUGCCAACUACAGGUCAACCAUAUGAAAGUGGGUACCCUGUCUCUGGUGGGUUCACCAUGCCCUCUGUCCCUUUAAACCACAACUUAACCCAUCCAUUUGCUCCCCAAGCAGGCAACUCAUUGUACAUGGGCACAGGCUCCUCCUAUUACCAGCUGCCUAGCUUGCUGUCAGAUCCUCAUUUGAUGUUCCCUGUGACUACUGACCCUCUGCUGACAGCGGGCACUGCUAGUUCUUCUGCUGCUACCUCAGCCACCAGUGUCCCCUCUUUCAUGUUAAACCCCUCCAUGACGGGGGUGCUCUCCAACUAUUCGCUGCCCUUCUCACAGUCACUCCUCUCUGAGCCCAGGAUGUUUGCUCCUUUUCCAACCCCUGUCUUAUCCAGCAGCCUUCCCAGGAGCAUGGCAUCUGCCUACCCUGGCUUCAUGACACCUCACACGGGAUAUCCAGCGGGGGGCCUUCUUCGGUCUCAGGUGCCUCCAUUUGACACCCGUGAGGUCUCUGAGGUGGGCUGCAGCUCCAACGAGGAUGAGGACAAAGAUGAUGAUGUAAUAGAAAUCACAGGGAAGUAAUGGGCCUAGUCCCUUCUGAUAGAUUGCAUCUUUGGUCGGGAGGCAAAAAUUCCUUGCUGGACCUUUCUGGGGUCAGGAUUUUAUAUCUAGAACACAGCAGAAGUGGAGGAGGAGGCUGGAAAGGAAUGGCAUGUUUAGUUGUCAAAGAUCUGCUUUGUAUGGGAACUGAAUUGAAUGGACACCCCUCCCCCAGGAGUGGGGAGAAACAAGAGUUGGGCAAGGGAAGUAUCACUGCAAACCACAGGAGUGCCUCCUUGACUUUUCCCUCCCAUGCUGUCUGUGUUGUCCAAAAGGAAGACUUGCCAUUAAUAUUUCAGUGCCCUUUGUUAGACUGGAGACAUCGGGCUGAUUUUUUUUUUAUUUUUAUUUUUGGUGUCUAUGGAAUAACACUCAUACACAAACGGCCUUAUCUGAGAAAGUUCAUUGUCCCGUGAUCAAAAGCAGGAGACGUUGUGCCCUAAGAAACCUGAGAAUGAAUUGCAUUCUUAACGGAGGGAGGGAGAUGGGAAAGGAAGGAGCAGGCAACUUGUCCUAUGUAGGUGGGAGGGAAGGGGUGGGCAGGGUCUGUGUGGAAAUUGAAUUUUUCAUCUUUCUGGACUUUCAAGGCAAAUUAGCCCAGUGCCCUUCGUCCAGGCCCUCGUGGAGUGGUGGCAGGAGGUGCAAGCGAUGAUGAGCCUGCAGGUCUGGCAAAAGAAACAAGCUGUCAGAUUUCUGUUGACCAGAAUGAAGUGGACCUCCUGCUAAAGGAGUUCGCUUGAGCCCCUUGUACUUGCUUUGCCAGAGUUUUCAUUGACACUGACUGGAUGAUCUCCCUCCCUCCUCCAUAAAACUGUUGUUUUAAUUUAUUUCAUGAAAGUGAAGUAUUUAUUGGGGAACUAUUUCCCACUUCUUCCUUGCUAAAAGCAGUUGGGUUGUUUAUAGACUGGCCUGUUUGAGAAAGGAAUAAAGCGAUAAGUAGAUUGCUUGACAAAUGCAGGGGUGUUUUAUAGGGCCAAGGCAGAAUUACCCCCACCCUUGUGCUUCAUUGGGGAGACAGGGGGGGGGGCAGGGGCAUUAUCUGGCUAGAGCUUUGUUUAUUCUCUAGCUGUUUCCCUCAAGGUGGGCAACAGGGAGGUUGGUGUUUAAAGUGGCUCUCUCCUCAGUCAGAGACAUGGAUUUUUUAAACUAGGUUCCUGCCAUUCCAGUGGUUUAAUAGUAAAAAAGCUAAAGCUUUGCAGAGGAAAGUCCCCUCUAUAUUGUUGCUAGUAUCUGGCCCAAGUUUUUAUAAUACGUUGCCACAGAAGUGUGGAAGGAGAAGCCAUUUAUUUUCAUAGAAGGCUUAACAAUAGAAGGAAGUUGCAGAGAUUUGGCAUAGAAAUCCUCUCUAUUGUGCAGGAAAGGGAGACAGCGGUACCUCGGAGGAGGGGGGGGGAAUGAUGGAAUGAUUCCCCCUAUUUGUCUUUAAAAAAUGACACCAGCUAAAUUGGUGUUUUAUAAGACGUUCUCAUCCCAAAGACAAGGGAAGAGGGACUUGUGCCCCCAUGACAAAGAGUCAGUGAGAGCAUUGCUAAGAAAACCUUUCCAGGAAGUUGGUUCACAUCCUGUUCUCACCUUAUCUUUGUUAGGUGGUUGAUGCAAAGAAGACAGUGGAUCCACUGAAGUGGCUACAAUUGUCAGGCUUUAUCUCCCCACCCCCCACCCCCCCCCAUCAUGGAGAACUUUCUCUCUUCUUUUGUGCAUCAUACCUCUCCGUGGAAGGUUUGAACUCCACAUGAUUUGAAUGGAGGCAAUGUGAGAAUUGAGCCUUUGCUCACCCUGUAAAAGACCUCCCAGGCCCCUUAGUUAAAGAGGUCGUGGCUACUUGUUUUUCAUAUUGUGAAUCAGAAGUGAUUCUGAGAGAAAGCGCUGCGUGGGUACGGCUGUGUAUGUGUAUACUUUUAUGUACCAUUAAAAAGCAUGUAAAGUUGGGGCUUUCUGACUAUCUUUCUCUGCUAACUGGGCACUGUCCGUCAGGCCUGACUUCACCAUUUGUAGAAGCCUUAGAUUUAAAGUUAGCUAUGCAAAUUACUUUAAUUAUUUUAAAAUAAAAACAUUAAAAUAGUGCUUUCUUCUUUAACAUAUCCUAGGAGUUGAAAACCGAGGGGUUCUGAACAAACUUCUGGACAACUUGUCUUUGGAUGCACCAUGGGAUUAAAAAAACAAACAAACACAAAACACAACCCCCCCACAAAAAUAACAAAGCAAAUUAACUGAUGGGGUCCAUUCGAGUUUCUCCAAAGACUUGGCCUUGGUACGUCUGUGAGUCAUGCCCUUUUGUGAUUUGUAUGUGUCCACCUCAUGCAAAAUAAUGACGGCACUGAUUGUACUGUAAGCUGCAACCCUCUAGGUUGACUCGGGAACUGGAUCUAGGCAAGGGGGCUUAGGCCUCAGCAGCUAAGCAAUUUUUGGUGGAGGAUUUGUUUCUUCUUCUUCUACUUCUACUUCUUUUUCAGGUUUCAGGCAGACCCAAUAUUCAGUAUAGUGAGUUUUGGGCAGCAGAGCUGAUAACAACUCGAGUAAUCCUACUAAGCUCCUGUCUUGACUUCCAUGGAGUAAAGGGGCAGUCAAGACAAGCUAAUACGUUUUAUAUACUAUUAACUUCAGACUGCUGCUUCCCGAUUCUCUUGUCUCUUUUGAACAUCAUAUCUGAGCACAGAAGAGUCGCCAGACUUGACAGGCUUUGAGGACAUCCGUACUGUAAAAUAUGGGAUGUUUGAUUAGGAGAAUAGGUGCAGCUGUGAUUAAGUAGACCAAGCUCUAUAGUCAUCUUUUAAAUAGGAUUGGAAGAUAAAAGUAUUAGCUGUAGGAAAUGGUGUACACCUGUAAUUUACUAGUCAGACCACUGGAUGGCAAUGUUGCAUCACUUGGAUUAUUACUAGAUUUUAACAAUAUAAUAUUUUUAAAAAUUGGCUUUUGUACUUGGGUGAGAAAAGUAUAAAAAUGUAAGUCUGACUGUGCACAUCUUUCUGUUCUCUUUCUCUCUCCCUCCCUCCCUCUUUUUGUUUGUUUCUUGUCAUAUCUCUUUCCCCUAAAAUGUUUAUGUUAGUGGAUUAGUGGAUUGCUUGAACAUAAUUCUUCCACUGACAGGGUUCAUUCAUUCAUUCAUUCAUUCAUUCAUUCUCUCUCUCUCUCUCUCUCUCUCUCUCUCUCUCUCUCUCUCUCACACACACACACACACACACACACACACACACCUUCAGUUAGACCAGCCACUUUCUGUGAGCUUUGGAAAGAAAUACAUUUGGGGCAGAUUCCUCUACUUCAGCAAGUGCCUGACCAGUGUCUCCUUCCUAAUAAUAGGGGGUUUAAAUGUAAUUGGUCUCCUAGAGAUUAAAAUGCAUUCCCAGCACUUGCCAAGAGAGAACAGUGUUGCCACUGGCAAUGAAGACCGCAUUCUUCUGCUUUGCACCCUUCUUGCUUCUAGAAACACCCUCUUUCUCACAUAUGAAUUCUCCCACGCAUUCAACAUCCUUAGGAAGGUGUGGCUUCUAGAAACAAAGGGUGGCUGUUGUGCCUUGUUUGUGAAGAACAGAGAAUGCUUGACUUGGGAGCUGAGUCAGAACAGCACAGUGACUUACGUAGUACAAUGUCGGAAUGGUCCCUUCCUUGAUGCACUGUAAUUUCCAAGAAUGUAGUGGCUGCUCAGAAGCAGCGCAUGUGUUUGUGUUGUGAGAUCUCUGAAUUCAACUAUUCCUUCUAUCUCAAGGAUAAUUUUUCCCCCUUGCUGGCUUUUUGUUAGAUCUCCUUGCCAGAGUCUGUGCAAUUUGCACUGCUAAAUUUCAGGCCACAAAAGAAACGAGGAGGAAUACAUGUAUUCUGAAUUUACAGGUGGAGCUGAGAUACCUUUAGAUGUGCUUGGCUAAGGUCUUGGGAUACUGAGGAAGGUUCUUGCAUUCCCCGGGUGUUUUGGAUCUGCAUGUAAUCUUUGGAUCUUCCUUGAUAAACCAUGCAUUGCAAUAUUUCUCUGCGCUUUAGAGCAACAGUACUGUACCAGGUUGGUAUGGUAUACAACAACACUUGAUCCCCUUAAUAAAUGCUUAGGGUAAAGAGGUGACCUUAAACUGUGAUAUUUUACAGACCUUGCUACUACGUUCAGUUUCACUCCAGUUCUGGCAGUAUACAAUUUAAAACUGACAAAAGAUCAUCUUAGACAUAGAUUUCCUAUGAUGAAUUAUUUUUUGGUGAGAAUAACACUGGAGGACUUCUCCCCAACCAUGUUAAGAAUUGUCCACAUGUCUGCAUGCUAAUUAUUACUCUAUCUCCAUAUGACCAAGAUAUGGAAAUGGGGAGAAAUGCUGUCUGGAGAGGGCAAGUUUGAUAUUAAAGUGCUCCUACAGUAUUGCAUUCUGUGGGACACGGUUUUAUGGACAUAUAGGGGGCAGUUUAAUGAGAAAAAAAAAUCUGAUUACAAUCUCUGUCAAGAAAUCCCAGGAAUAUGCAAUCUUCUGCUUUUAAAAUAAAGAUCCUAUUGAUUGUUCUAUCUGAAUUAUGUAACUGAUGGCAACAGUGCAAAUAUUUCUUGCAAGAUCUCAAGUCAAAUGAAAAUUUACUAUAAUUACAUAUAUUUGCACUGAAAUCCUGAUUUAGGCAUUGUAAAUAUAAUUAUUAAACUGGAGAAUGGUUGAUCUUAGCUCCAUUAAACCAAGGGAAAUAUACACCAGUAGAUUAAAAAAAAAUUGUGUCUUAUUUAAUACCAAAACCAUAUUAUAUCAAGUCUGGGGAUUUAUAAGGACAGUUUUGGGAAUGCUUGCUCCUUGUCACUCAAUCAGGAAAACAGUAGGGAAGAUAUUUGCAAGUUUAGGGAGGAUCAA